AUGUUGAACCUCACCAGCACUGGAGCAGAACCCCCUCGUGUCGUGUUCUUCCCAAGCCCCGGCAUGGGCCAUUUAACACCCUUUCUCCGCCUCGCAGUGAUGCUAGCUUCGCGCAACUGUGUUGUCACAGUCAUCAGCACAAAACCAACCGUUUGCGCUGAAGAGUCUGCUCAAUUUUCUAGCUUCUUUUCUAGCCAUCCAAACAUCACAAGCCUCGAGCUCAAGAUUCUUCAAGAUAACAGCUCCAAUUCCCCCAGUGAUGAUGCUUUCAUUACCCAAUUCCGAGCAAUCAAUCGCUCUGUUCACCUCCUACCUCCUCUCCUAUCUUCUUUACCUCAACCAAUCUCGGCCAUCUUUUCUGAUUUUGUUGUAGCAGCUAGCCUUGCUCAAAUCACUUAUGAUCUUGGCAUUCCCAACUAUAUUGUCUCUACUACCUCUGCUCGGUGUUAUUCCACCGUAGCCUACCUUCCUACAUUGUUGUCCGAUACUCUUGCUAAAUUUAAGGUUGAUUUUGGAGAAAUUUACAUCCCGGGUUUAGCCUCGCUUCCAAAAUCAAUCGUUCCACCCUCGUGGCUCGAUGAUUCGCCAUCGAAUCAUUUGCUUUCUGACUACUUAAUACCGAAUGCUCAAUCUCUACCAAAAGUUGAUGGUGUCUUAUUGAACUCAUUUAAUGGGUUCGAACCAGAAACAAUAUCCGCCCUCUUGGAUGGUAGAGCAUUAAACCAUCUCCCACCUCUUUACCCAGUUGGUCCACUCGAGCCUUCCAAGAUUGAGAAAUUGCAUGGUCUUCCGUGGCUGGAUGACCAAACUACGAAGUCAAUUGUGUAUGUUAAUUUUGGAAGCAGAACGGUCUUGUCAGAGAAUCAAAUGAAAGAACUAGGCAAAGGAUUGGAGAGAAGUGGAUUCCCAUUCCUAUGGGUCUUAGGAGCCAAUGAAGCAGGCGAAGAUGAAAAGAAGAAGCUCCAAGAACUCCUAGGUGAAUCCUUCCUUGAAAAAACCAAGAAUAGGGGGGUGGUAAUGAAAAGAUGGGUGAACCAGGCGGCAAUUCUGGCACACCAUGCCAUUGGAGGAUUCGUCAAUCAAUGCAAAUGGGACUCGGUGACGGAAGCAGCCAGGGAAGGGGUACCAAUUUUGGCAUGGCCGCAACACGGGGACCACAAGAUGAAUGCCGAAGUGGUAGAGAAGGCGGGGUUGGGGAUGUGGGUGAAGGACUGGGGUUGGGGUGGGGAGAGGUUGGUGAAAGGUGAAGAGAUUGAGGAGAGAGUGAGAGAGUUGAUGGGAGAUGAGAAAUUGAGGGAAAGUGCUAAGAAAGUUGGGAAAGAGGCUAGGGAAGCUUUUGAAGUUAGUGGGAGCUCUGAGAAUGCACUAAUGGCAGUCAUUGAAAUGUUGAAGGAGAGAGAUGGUAAGUAG